AUGUGUUUCUCAGAAGAAGAUGUUAAGGGGGUGCAGCAAUCUCAUGAUGAUCCUUUGGUCAUAAUGCUCAUGAUAGAAGGAUUCAAUACUAGGAGAAUCCUUAUGGAUAAUGGUAGCUCGGUAGAAACCAUCUACCUCUCCGCUUUCCAACAGCUGAAACUAGAUCCAAGAAGGCUGCGCCUAUUUGACUCUCCCCUCGUAAGUUUUAAUGAAGACAAGGUGUAUCCCAAAGGCAUAGUGACGCUGACGGUGACAGUGGGGACUUACCCGAGACAGUUGACUCGCCAGCUGGACUUUUUAGUGGUAGACUGCCCUUCAUCUUACAAUGUGAUCAUCGGGAGACCUACUCUUAACCGCUGGAAGGCAGCCACGUCUACUUAUUACUUGAAGGUAAAGUUCCCAACAGAGAAUGAGGUGGGCGAGGUAAAAGGAGAUCAAAUAUUAGCUAGGGAAUGCUACCAAGCAGUGUUAGCGGCAAAAGAAAACCAUACAUGGAUGAUCGAGGAGAAGGAGGAAGAUAAAGUGGAAGCCUUGGAGACAGUGGAGUUGGUCGAAGGCAAGACAGCAAACACAACCAGAAUAGGGACGAUACUAAGUCCCGAGAUGAAGACGAGAUUCAUCCAGUUCCUUAAAGAGAACCUGGAUGUCUUCGCAUGGAGUUACAAGGACAUGCCAGACAAAGUUAACAAGUUGUUAUCGACUGGCUUUAUUCGGGAGGUUUACUAUCCAGAGUGGCUCGCUAACGUCGUCAUUGUGAAGAAAGCGAAUGAGAAAUGGAGAAUGUGCGUGGACUUCAUAGACCUGAAUAAAGCUUGCCUAAAAGAUAGUUUCCCUCUGCCAAAGAUAGACCAGCUGGUGGAUUUUACUGCCAGGCAUAGGUUACUGACGUUCAUGGAUGCCUUCUCAGGGUACAACCAGAUAAAAAUGGCCGAAGAGGGCUAG